UACAUAUAGUACAACCCAUCAUCCUUCAAAAAAUUGGAAAAAAAAAAAAAGAAAAAAAGCACAACCACCACCCAUUUUGUUCCAUUUUGCUCUUUCCCCAAACAAAGAUAGACUCUUCAACCAAAACUCUUUCAAGCAGAAAACCACACAUUGGUUAAUUUUCUUUGUUUCUUUGUUUCUUUCUCAUAUAAAAAAUGGGUGAGAAAGAUAUUGGUAAUGAAGAUGUGGGGUUGAGUUUGAGUUUGAGUUUGAGUUUGGGAAGAGGAUGUUCUUCAUCUCCGCCACCUUUGAAGCCACAAAGAUCGGUUCCUAUGAAUAACAUCAACGAGAAGAGUUCAUGGAAUGAGUUGUUUCAGUUAUUACCACAAGCAAUGCCACUGACUGAAAAACUAAACAUGCAAAACGCAGUAGAUAGGAGCACAGAUAUGAGGCCGUUAUUUGGUGGAGGAAUCAACAUGAAUUCGAUGCCGUCAACGGCGGAGACUCCGCCGGAUUGCAACCAGGACAACCGUGAUUCAUCGCCAAACAACAGCAGUUUAUCAAGUGGCAGUGGCUGCAAGCGAAGCGAGAGAGAAGAGGACAAUGGCGCUGCGGUUGCCGGCAUCGAAUUGGCGUCGUGCUCGCGGGGAAGUGAUGACGAGGAUGGCGGCGGCGGAGAGGCGGCGAGGAAGAAGCUGAGGCUGACGAAGGAGCAGUCGAUGUUAUUGGAAGAAACGUUCAAGCAGCAUAACACGCUGAACCCGAAACAAAAACAGACAUUGGCAAAGGAAUUGAAUCUGAGAGCCAGACAGGUGGAGGUGUGGUUCCAGAAUAGGAGAGCAAGGACCAAGUUGAAGCAAACCGAAGUGGAUUGUGAAUACUUGAAGAGAUAUUGUGAGAAUCUAAGUGAAGAGAAUAGGAGGUUGCAAAAAGAAGUGCAAGAGCUUAGGACAUUGAAGCUAUCUCCACAGCUCUACAUGCAUAUGAACCCUCCAACAACUCUUACAAUGUGCCCUUCUUGCGAGCGUGUCGCCGUCUCAUCCGCCUCGUCCUCCGCCUCCACCGCUCACGUGCCGGCACUACAAAGUAAUUGCAACAACUCGUUGGGUCCAAACAUCCAGCGGCCGGUGCGCGUCAACACUUGGCCAUUUGACAGCCCAAUUUCGCGGCCGUAGUGAUCAAUCUUCACUUCUCUUAAGAUUCAGCAUUGUGUCAAGGAAAAUUUUAGUUGCUAGACAGAAAUGCAUCAAAUGUGAAGUAAGAGAAAGAUAGCACACUUAAUUGUUGUGGUUAUUAUUAGGAUCAAGAAUGGUUCUAUUUUGGCAUUGACAUAAGUUUUAGUUAACUUUUCAGGAUCACACUAAUGGUUUCAUAUGCUGAUGAAUAGUGUUUUUUAGCUUUUAUUAGUUUAAACCUGUUUUGUUGAAAAAAAAUAUUGAGGAAAACAAUUACAAUAUACGGUGUUUUCUCAUCAUAGUAUUAUGUUGUUCCUAGCACUUGCUAAAGAAAAAAAAAAUGGUGGGGAUUAUGUGAAUAUUGGAGAGGGUGGAACGGUUGGUAAAGUAUUUUAACAUGAUAAUCAAUAAUUGUAAUAUCUCAAUUAGAAAUAAUUAUUUUCUAGUUUUGCUUA